AUGGCACUCGACAAGAUGCUCAUCCCAUUCCUCGUCGCCAUGAUGCUGGUGACGGGAGUCUGCAAUACAUUGCUCACCAAAUAUCAAGACAAUAUUUGCGUUCGCGACUGUGAAGCGAAACAUCCCAAAGAUAGGCAUCUAUUUGAACAACCGGUCAUACAAACAGUACAGAUGUUCAUUGGAGAGAUGGGAUGCUGGAUCUUCGUCGGGGCAUUUACCGUAUACGCGAAAUACAUCGCAAAGAAGUCGUUGGCGCAGGAAGGUGGUUAUCAACCUGUUAAUGGAAGCGAUGAAGUGCCAGAGUCGGAUGCUGCCUCGAUUCGUUCUACAACCCCGAUCAACCCGGCUGUGAAGGUUAUGGUUAAGAAGGAAGAAGAUCGGAUACCGCUUGUUGGGCUUAAGGUCCUGUUGCUUGCAUUACCUGCGAUAUGCGAUAUCUGUGGAACAACACUCAUGAAUGUUGGACUACUCUUCGUUGAACCCAGUAUCUAUCAGAUGACCCGUGGAGCAUUGGUGUUAUUUGUUGGGCUAUUCAGCGUCAUUUUCCUAAGAAGGAAGCUGUACCUGUAUCAAUGGUUUGCCCUGGUCACAGUUGUGGCUGGUGUUGCUGUUGUUGGGUUAGCAGGUUGGCUCUACCAUAAAGAGGAUCCGCCAGAGUCUGUUCGGGAUGCUGCCAUUCUCACCAUCAGAGCAGCAGUGAAUUAUGCUGUUGAUGAGUUGAAGAAGCCAGGGGCUGGCUUGGCUGUGAUUGGUGUUCUCUUGAUUGCUGGUGCCCAGAUCUUCACAGCAAGUCAGUUCGUGCUUGAGGAGUACAUUCUUGAGAAAUACGCACUUGAACCUCUAAAGGUUGUUGGCUGGGAAGGUAUCUUUGGGUUCUCGGUAACAGUUCUUGGUAUGAUUGUCAUGUACCUGGCUGUUGGCAGGACGAGUGCCGGUCGCAACGGAUACUUUGAUGUUGUUGAGGGUUGGAGGGAAGUUUCAAGUUACAAAGGGAUCUGGGUCUCCAGUAUUGCGAUUAUGUUCAGUAUUGGUGGUUUCAACUUCUUCGGCCUCUCAGUCACCCGCACCGUCUCCGCCACAUCCCGCUCAACGAUCGAUACCUGCCGAACUCUAUUCAUCUGGAUAGUCUCUCUAUUCCUAGGCUGGGAGACUUUCAAAUGGCUACAAGUUCUCGGUUUCCUUCUCCUGGUAUAUGGAACUUUCUUGUUCAAUGGACUCGUUAGACCACCUUUGAAGAGUUGCAUUGUUCGAGAUGUUGAAGAACUCUUGCCAGAGGAGCCGAUUGAACAUAUCUGA